GAGAGGUUUAUGAAAUUGAGAGUAUUCCAAGUACUGUUCUUAAAGCUUUACAAGAUCUUUUUAAAAGAAGUCAAAAUGUUUAGAAGAUUGUUAUUCUGCUACUGUAUCAUUCAGACGAUUUGUUUAAAACCAAUAAUGGAAUCGAAGCCUUCAGCAGCGGAGGAAAACUCAGAGCACCCCAAAGGCGUUCUUAUAUCAUCUGUGGAAGCAGAAAGUCUGAAUCAGGAGAAAUCAGAUGCUUUGUUAGCAAGGCAAACUCAGGAGCAGCAGAUUGUCAGACUUUUGAAGCCUCAGCAGGAAUCCUGGCAGCCUACACGAAGAUGCCCCCGGGUCCUGGAGAGCUGCAUUCCUCACUCCCUGUGUUGUGAUCUUUGCACGACCUGUCAUUGCCGAUUCUUCAAUGCUAUUUGCUACUGCAGACGACUGAGCCGCAACUGUGAGAGGAAAACAUAGGCACCAGAGCAACCACCUCCCCUAUUCCACUGGAAAAACAUAGGGACCAGAACAACCACCUCCCCUAUUCCACUGAUAAAACACAGGCAUCAGAACAAUCACCUCCCCUAUUCCACUGAAAAAAACACAGGGACCAGAACAAUCACCUCCCCUAUUCCACUG